CAGCCUUCGUUCCAGAAGUCAGUCAAGAUCUUAUCCAACAGACAGAGGAAAAACUCGAAAACAGCCCCUGCAAAGAGCUAUUCUCUCACUGUACAAAAUAGAUCUGUCCUUGACCACCUCAGUGGGGAACCAUUCCAAGAAUACCUAAACAGCAUGUACUUCGACAGGUUUCUGCAGUGGAAGUGGUUGGAAAGGCAACCAGUAACGAAAAACACGUUUAGGCAGUACAGGGUGCUAGGGAAAGGCGGCUUUGGGGAGGUCUGCGCUUGCCAAGUCCGAGCAACAGGGAAGAUGUACGCCUGCAAAAGAUUAGAGAAGAAGAGAAUAAAAAAGAGGAAAGGCGAAUCCAUGGCACUAAAUGAAAAGCAGAUUUUAGAAAAAGUCAAUAGUCAGUUUGUAGUCAAUUUAGCCUACGCCUAUGAAACAAAGGAUGCACUGUGUUUAGUUCUGACCAUAAUGAAUGGAGGUGACCUGAAGUUUCAUAUCUACAACAUGGGAAACCCAGGCUUUGAAGAGGAAAGAGCUUUGUUUUAUGCAGCAGAGAUUCUUUGUGGUUUAGAAGACCUUCACAGAGAAAACACAGUAUAUAGAGAUUUGAAGCCAGAAAAUAUCCUGCUAGAUGAUUAUGGCCAUAUUAGAAUAUCUGAUUUGGGCCUAGCUGUAAAAAUCCCUGAGGGUGAAUCAAUCCGUGGAAGGGUAGGAACAGUAGGGUAUAUGGCUCCAGAAGUGUUGAACAACCAGAGAUAUACACUCAGCCCUGACUACUGGGGGCUGGGCUGUCUCAUUUAUGAAAUGAUUGCUGGGCAAUCACCAUUUCGCGGAAGGAAAGAGAAGGUGAAGAGGGAAGAAGUGGACAGAAGAGUGCUGGAGACAGAGGAGGUGUACUCCCAUAAGUUUUCUGAGGAGGCCAAGUCCAUCUGUAAAAUGCUCCUCACCAAAGACAUGAAGCAGCGGCUGGGUUGUCAAGGGGAAGGCGCAACAGAAGUGAAGAGGCACCCCUUUUUCAAGAGCAUGAAUUUCAAGCGGUUAGAAGCAGGAAUGCUGGAUCCUCCCUUUGUCCCUGAUCCCAGAGCAGUGUACUGCAAGGAUGUGUUAGACAUCGAGCAAUUCUCCACAGUGAAAGGAGUAAACCUGGACCAAACAGAUGAUGAUUUCUAUUCCAAGUUUUCCACAGGAUCCGUGUCUAUUCCAUGGCAAAAUGAGAUGAUAGAAACAGAAUGUUUUAAAGAACUAAAUGUGUUUGGACCAAAUGGUACUAUUUCACCAGACCUAAAUAAAAGCUUCCCUCCAGAGCCACCCAAGAAAGGAUUGCUACAGAGAAUAUUUAAACGACAGCAUCAGAACAAUUCAAAGAGUUCUCCAAAUUCAAAGGCCAGUUUAAAUCACCACAUAAAUUCAAAUCACGUAAGUUCAAACUCCACUGGAAGCAGCUAGUUCUGACUCAGUUUUAUGAAAUGUUACAUCCUUCCACUAUAGUCUAUGGAGCUUCUAUGGAUGAGAGAGCAUCCACCGUUCAGUGAAAAAAAAAUAAAAUAAAAAAAAUAAAUAAAAAAAAGGAUCUCCCCAUAAUGGAGAUUUUCUACCCAUUCCUUCCAGUGGAGCCUCGCAUUUUAAGAAGAAAUUUCCACUCAGGUCUGUUUCUGGAGGUGGCACUCAAGACUGUGUGAAUCAAAUUUGUCUAUUUAGAACAUUGCAAUAGAAAUUCAAUGAACAUGACUACUUGCACGUAUUUAAAUAGCAUCAUACUAGAACUGAAUUUUGUCUUUAUUAUUUUUAAAGAAAAGUUUUGUAAAUUUCUCUAUUGUCUCAGUUUACAUUUUGUACAUUUGUAUUUAAAUGAAAGUCAGACUUUGGAGGUGUAUAUUUUCCAAGCAGCAGCUGUAAAGCCAUGUGUUUUAAGACAUUUUUUUAAAAGAAAAAAAAAAUGUGACUCAAGACUUCCAGAGCCUCAAACGAGAAAUCAUUCUUUUUAGUAAAUCUAGAAAAUUAUUCAUAAAUCACUUUAUCAGACUGGGUUUUAUUGACAUGCAUUUUUAUGGAACAGUUUAUUCUUAAUUAUUUUACAUCUGUAUAUUUGGUUUACAGCAACACUGCAUACAUUUCUCCUCUUCAUUAAUUUGUAAUGUCUCGCAUUAAAUGCUAAAAGAUACUGGCAAGGCUUUGAUGUAUUCACGAAUACUACUUGCUAUGCCUAAGGUUUGUGAUGUCAUUGGACCAGCACAGCUGAGAUUUGCACUUAGUUACGUUGUUAGCUCAUCAUAAUUUUCUUGGUUAGAAAGAGAACCCUAUUUUAAACUCUUCUCCUUCACUGGUUUUUGAACCAUUUCUGAUGACAAGAAGAACAAAACCGAGUGAGAGGUAACCAGGAAAGCAAAUGACCAUUUCUUUUUCAAGAACUUGAAACCUGCACCCACUGAAAUUAGAGCAAAACUCUAAGUGUUCUCAGUGCUGCAGUCAAAAGUCCAAGGCCUUUCCACAGUCACUCAUACCAACCAGGUAGUAAGAGAGAAAUUCAAUAGUCUGGUUUAUACUGACUGUGAGAUUCAUGUCAGCUCUCUAGAGCUGAGCUGUGAAAAUUUGGAGCGGGAUCUGAGCUGCUUUUGAGCAGUAGCAAAACCUUUAAGUUGUGUCUACAUUUAAGAGAUCUUUCACAGUCAUGACAGACGUACAUGACUCAUCCCCUCAAUUAGGUCCUUGACUUAAUUGAAUAAAAUGUUAGUUAUGAAAUAACAUUUCCCGCUUUUGCUUCCAUCUUUCUUUGUCCAGGAUCCUUUAACCAUUGUUGAAGACUUUGUUCCCACUAGUAUAAACAGGAUCAGUCAGGAUCAGUAGCAGUACCUGACACACCUGAACCAUGCUUUUCACAGGCUAACAUCAAUUAUUUUUAAGAAUACCAGAUCAAAACUAUGGUUGCUUCCUUUCAACAGGAAUUGGAAAAGCUUUGUACCCCCAAGUGCAGACUAACAUGUUCUGUAAAAAAAAUUUGUUCACAUGCUUGUAGGCUGAUGAGUUCACUCCUUUGGGUCAACGAGGAAGUUCUGAUGCUCAGGCUGCUGUGUCUAAAGCCCUGAUAAGGUAGCAGUGCAGUUAUCCCAGGGUACUAGGAAGCACUAUUCCUGAAGAAGUCUAAGUAGUCAAAGUUCAUUUAGUCUAUUCAUUUAUAUCGUCUAUCUGGCCACUGGAGAAGAGUAAAAAAAUGCAGGUUAGCAGUGGCAAAGGUAUGAGUGAGAGUCACAGACAUUACAUACUAGAACACCAUGAAGACAUGAAGAAGAUAUAGGAGAGAGUCAGGAUUUGCAUAAAGCAUCUUACAGAGAAAAGGAAAGAAGAUGGGGCUUUGGUGCCUUUCUCAGAAGUAAAAUAUGUUAAGGUGCAAGUCCACAUAAUUUCAAAAUCUUCCAGUUUUCCUGGUCACUGGGACAUGCAAGAAAGCUGUGUAAGUGUGCCAUAACCCUACUGAGAAUGUGUUUGCCUUUUUGCUUCAAAUCAGUGUGGCACAGAAAUUCCUUUUUCUCAUGUAGGUGGUGCUCAGGGAGAGCUUCAGCCCCUCUCCCAUGUCAGAUGAUGGCAUUGCAGACCAUAUAGAACAUGCAAGAUUGUAGAGAGAUAGUAAUAGGUCUGAAAUUUGAGUAAUUUUUUCUCUCUGGAUCAUCUGCAAACUAAACCUAUAAUGGUUUCAGCUUCCUGACAGGAGGGGAAUUAAAUAUUGUAGAGGUUGAAAGCCACUGCGUUUGGAGGGUUAUACUACCUCCAGUUCCAUUCUCACAGCCUGAUGGAAAGCCACCUAAGUCAGCAGGAUUCUGAUCAGUCACUUUGGCAUGCGCUGCACGGCCAUAUAUUUGCUCUGAGAGGUUUUCCCAGGCCUUCUUCAUUGACAUGUAGGAUUUCAGUUGCUUUCAAGACAUAUGGGUGAGAAGUAGAGGAACAUGUCAUAGCCAGACCACUGAUGUGUGUCAGUGCACCUGAGGCAAGAUGCACUUCUUACUUCAUAGAGAGCUGCAAGGGAUGUGCAACUCAGAUCUGUUUUUGUCAUUCAAAGACAUCACCAUCUAGCAGCAUUGUGCAUUUUGUGUUUGUGCACAGUCAGCUGACUUCCCCCCUAGGGGAAGGGGAUGACAGCUGGGGGGCUAGGGUGAAGGACGAAGCUCUUUUCUCCACUACCGCCAUUGUCUCACUUUGCAGCAAGAGACGAGCAUAUUCCCCCUUCAGAAAAAUGUGGGUGAGAAUAUCAACCUACCACAUGGGGAAGAAAAAAGGACAGCUGGAGGAAAGCUUAGCCCAUUAAUGUUUCAUGGGAUAAAUCUGUUAAGACUGCAGCUAUUGGUCCAAGUGCUUAAUUUCCUUCAUGUUACCAGUGUGGCACAUGAAGACUAAAUUUUCUUUUUUUACCAUCUCCCAUUUGGGAAAUAAAAUCCCAAUAAUACAAAACCCUUAUUGGAAGCUGAUGAGCAAAUUGCAAAGAGAUUGUAAAUGGCCUUAUACCUCUUACAUGCUAUCUGCCUUAACUAGUGGUAGAUUACUUUGUUAUAAGACAACAGUGAAUUGUCUUCAAUUCACUGAACAGCAAAUGUGCCUUCUCCUGCUCUCCUUUCAGCUGGGACAGAUCGUUACUCAGCACCUCUAGGACUCUAGCAGUGGGCACACAAGGACAGUGCAAAGUCCUCAGAUGACAAAAGUGGCAUUCAGUGGUACUUGAAAUGUGUAAUUCUAGGGUUAGAUAUCCUGAAUACUCCAGGCAGUGUGGGAGAAGUUUGCUUCUGCCCACCUGAAAAGUCAAGCCUGGAUCCCAGCCCCUUGGGAGCAGUGAGUGAGUAAAGGAAGAGACAGAAAACUAGAUUGUUUGAGGGAGAUUUCAUACCACUUCCCUAAGUGUUGCUAUCCUGUCCAACAAACUUUAAACAGUAUUAUGAUGCUUGGGCAGCAGAAUUGUCAUACUCUUUCAGUAUCUGAGUCCUGAAAGAUUUGAUCAACAUCAUAUAUUACUAAUGAUAAUGAACAGUCCUAGGAAUCUGAGAGUUAGAGGUUGCCUACACAACAAAACCUGCAGGAUUGUCAUUUUCAUUGCAGCUUUCUUCUUCUUCUUCUUCUUUUUAAAUAUAUAUAUAUUAUUCAACUCAUCAGACAUUUGAGACUGGAGAGGACUCACAGUCCUCCCACUUCCAUUGUGUGACCAGGUGCAAUCUGACCACAGAAUUCAGGUCUGAAGCCCUGCCCUGCAUAGCCAGAUAUCUAGAGAAAAUUGGCAUUUGUCUCUGUGGAGCCAGAUUCAAAAACACUAGGGGCCACAGGUGUUCAGGGGCUCUGAAAGAACAGAAUUAUGACUUCACCAUACAAUCUUGGAGAGAACUUGCAAAGUGAAUAGGUUUGGGUGUGGGUUUGCACAUAGCAAAGGAGAGGAAAGGAGUAGUUAUUUAAUGGCUUUUUAAACUAAUCAAUUUUUUGUAUCUUCUUUCCAUUUACAAUACAGAUUCUUUCAAACUGUGAUACAGAUGUUCAACAAUUAUUUUCCACAUUGUCUAAGUGUUCAUCUAAGUCUUCUAGUGUUUUUCCCACCCUCUGGUUGGACGAGAGGCUUUUUUCAACAAGUGAAUUAAGAGGGGAAAAUAACAAAUAAUAAACUCUUACAUGUGCACUCUUGACCUAGAUCAUCUAAAAAGAAAUUUUUACAACAUCUAUGACUCAGAUGUUGUUUCUGAACAAAAACCUGGUAAAGGUGUAAAGAUAAUCAAACCAAAAAUGUCCUGGAGAUCAAAGUGUAUGUUAGUGUAUAGCAGAGUUCAAUAUCGCAGUGUUCACCUGGCCCUACUGCCUAGUAGGUGGCAGUUAGGGGUGAUACCACGUAUCCAUAAGGACAAUUUGACCUGUCUUGUUUUGCAGUCAUCCCCUCCCCCAGAAACCAUGAUGAAGAGUGCUAUCAGCAGUAGGUAAUCAAACUUUGCUGACACAGUGAUGUGUCUGACUACAAGACACGGAUUCUUAAUUUUGUUCAACCAGAACUCAGGUUCUAACUUGAAUUCUUUGCUUCCUUUGUCAAAUCCAGUAGCUGUUAAACUUUUUCAAUAGAGAAGCCUCAGCUGACAAGAAAACCAGAAAAGCAAUCUGUAAUACUAAUAACACCAUCAGUAGGACAAGGAAGAGAGGGCAUGAGCUCUGGAGUACAGUGCGAAAACUACCACACCGUGUAUGUCUUCAGCAGGUGUCAAAUGGCAAUUAUUUUCUCACAUCACUGCGUGUUCUUCCUUGGUUCAUAGUAUGUUAUUCAUAGUUUUUUGAGUAAUAUGGAAAUUGCAUACACAAGGUCAUAUUAAACGUAGGGUUGGGCCCAUGGCUCAGAGAUAUAUCAUCUCUGUGAGGAAGUCAGAGAAAAGAGCUUGAAGAGACAAGUAGGUACCCAUUCAGUCUGCACAAACAGCCAUCACACAGGUCUGUGUUCCCAGCAUCUGAGCCUCAGCCAGGAGAUCCCUAUGUAGACUUCUCUGGAAGAGCAAUAAAUGCACACUCUUAUAGCACUUCUCAUGGCUAUCCAUGGAACAGGUGGCUGCAGGACAAGAUAUGGGUGUUUCAAUCUCUGCUCCAUAGUUGUGAAUUUUUAUUUUUUAUUUUUUUCAGUUCAGUAGCAAGUUGUAAUACUCUCUUGUUAAAUAUCUCAAUGCAGGCGAGAUCAUUCAUCAAACAUUUCUAGGCACUUCCUGUACAAUCUUUAAAGAGGCUGGACUUUGCUUCUUUGCUUUGAAAGAACAUCCUUGGGUUAGUCUGUCCCUUGGGACAUCUUCCUUCACAUGUGUAGCAUGAAGCACAAAGUGGCCUCUGGAAGCUCUAGUGGUCCAGAGUAACAUUAAUAAUACUUAGGUGCCAACUUCACAAGAACACCACUUGGACUCCUUGGCUGGCACUGCAGCAAAUUAGUCUGGUGGUGAAUGGAGCUGGAACCAGAGAUUUAAAGACUCUUCUGCCUGAGGAUGGCCUUAGUCUGUCUCAGGAUGCAGGGAGGUACAUUUGGCAUUGAAAUUUGGGAGAAUCUGUGCAAUGGCUCUGUUCACUGCCUCCAUGGAAAAAAAGAAGGUUCCAGAGUUGUCUGUGUCAAGCCUUCCACAAAUAUGAGCUGCAAUUUAAAACACUAAACAUUACUUAGAGUAAGAAUAAUAAUGACUAACAACCUUAUGCUAAAGCUGAAAGGCUAUGUAAGUUUAAAACAAUUACUCACUUUCAUGUGCUGGGCAGGAAACAAUCUCUUUUAGAUAUACUAAAUAGUAUUAUUUAUGUAGUCCUGCUGGUAAUAACUUUCUGCACUUAGCUACGAAAAGAAAAGAGGAAGAAAUCGGUCCAGAGAAUGUUGCAAUUUUAUUUUUUUUAGGACAACUACCAAAGAAGGUGAAAAGCCCACAGCAUGCCACAGUAUUACAUGCUCACCUCCCCCAAACUUCUCUAUGAUAAAACAAAUACAAGCUGCUGCAGUUGAUUCAGCUAAGCUAGUGUCCUGUCAAACGGGUUUAAUGAAAGAAACAACUUUAAACAGAUCAUUGCCUAGUCACUAAAAUGAAUAUUACUGCUUGUGCAGAAGUAUUCUCCUUGUUUUAUGUACGUGGAGCCAGAAGUGGUGGAUUGUAUUCCUAUUGCACCCAUGUUUUACUUCAAUCCCUGGCCAAAACUCUGCAAUUUUUCUUUCCCAUUCUUAAACGUGGAGGGAUGCUCUCUAUCUAUCAACAGAAAGCACUUUGGAGUCUGUGCAUAAAACAAAUCAAUACCAAUUCUUUGUAUUAUUAUUUAAGUGAAAUAGGUUUAAUAUAGCUGCUCUUAUUUACAUGACUAUGGAGAUGACUCUUGUAAAUAAGGGCUCUUUUUAUCAUUGGUUUGCCUUAGUUCUGUAGCGAUAUAACAGAACGCACUUCACUUCUGUAAAGCCUUCUCCAACAGAAGCUGAGAUGACAGCGUAAAUGUUAAAGUAUUCGUUUCUUAUUUGAGUGCUAGCUAGUAAUUGCAGCAUUCAGACGAACACUUCCUCUUUUUUAUAUUGGAAACAAUUAUAGGAAGGGGACAAAAUGACAUUCACUGGUUCAACUUCACAAUCUUUCUCUUUUUGGCCAAGCCUACAAACGAAUUCCUAGGUACCAAUUAAGUGAAAUGCUGUGUGAAGUCACAAAGAUGCACGCGUGGCAAACAUUGGGUCAGCUCACUGCCUGUCUCUGAAAACAAAGAGGUAACCACAUGCUGGGAUCAAUGGACUCCAAAGGGGAACUCCAAGUUUUCUGGAUAAUCAGCGGUCCCAUAGAGAAGAUUCACUCCCAGAGAAGAAACAUUUCAGGUAGUGGCUGGAUGACAAAUGUGUUUUCCUUUCUCAUCACCCCGCACGCAGCUGUUAAAUAUGUUUAUUAGCAAGCUCAAAUGAGUUAUUUCAUGUGUAUCGAAUGCGGUCUCCCUUAAUUGCAUUUCUUUUAAACACUGGACACUCUUCUGAAAGACUUAACAUUUUAGCCUUAUGAAGGUGAAAGUUGUAAAAACUUUAUUUUGUGUUUCUGAGCAAUGUAGAUAGACCUAAAGAUUUCAUGAAUUAUCAUGUGGUUGCCCAUAUCUGACUAAUAAUUAAAUUGUAAAAUUGCAGUUUCAUAUUAGGGUUAGUCUUUUCACCUGCUUCAAAAAUUAAAAAUCAUAUUUGGUAUAUAAACAUACACAGAAUAUCCUUCUGAUUGAAUUUCAAGAGCAUAUCCAGGAUUAAAUGUUUUUAAGCACUUCUAAUACUGUAGUCUAUAAGAGGAACAGACACUUCUAAAGCAAUGUUAAAAGUUGUCUUUCAUAACUGAGUCAACAGAUCAUUUUUGUAAUAAAUUAAAGCAAGUGUUCUCAACUAGAA